CUCCUUCUACCACUCUCCUGGCUCAUGACGCCUCAAGUUCAUCCACUCGCCGCGCCCUCGGAGCGAGAGCAAGUGCCGGAAGACGUGACAUGAUGAGGAAGAGGUGCGGGAAGGACGCGGAAAACAAGUUGUGGGCCCUCGUCAUAGCCCCAGCGCGAUGCAGCUAAGAUAUGUGCCCAAUACACCAGUACUGUAAGGGCACCACGUGCCAGGCUACGCAUGCCUUCCCGUCAUCAUCCUCAGGCGGUGUCCCCACGCCCUCGGCGUGGCUUUACUUCCCGCGCAUCCCUAUGUACGACCCCUUGUGCCCCAAUAGUCUCUACUGCUCGCCCUCUAUACAUUUUGUAUUCUCAUAUCUAGCCCUGCACAUUUGAAUGCUGUGUAAGCAGCAAAACAGCCUCGCGGGCCAGACCCGGUUGCGCCGUAAUUCA